AUGAGCACCUUGGAGGGUUUUUAUGUGGAUGAUGCUCUGCAGGGUCAGGGGGUGUACAGGUACGAAGACGGGGGUGUUCUCAAUGGGACAUAUGUGGACGGCGAACUCAACGGGCUAGCUCAAGAGGUGGAUGGAGAGGGUCGCCUGGUGUUCAGGGGCCAAUACAGAGACAACACCCGCUGUGGGGAAUGCUGGGUGUACCACCCUGACAGGGGCUGUGUGUUUGGGGAGGUGAACAAAGAUGGAGAAAUGACCGGUGACUCUGUAGCCUACAUUUACCCAGAUGGCUGCACGGCUCUGUUAGGAAGCUUUGUGGAUGGGGUCUUAAUCAGGGCUCACCUGGCCACACUGAACUUCCAGCAGACUGGAAAACCACACUUUGAAAUCCCACCCAACAGUAAGUACUGA